CUGUACACAGCGCCAAAUCCAUGGGAUGCGUACUGUCUCUCUGUCUGUUGGUCUGUAUGUGUGUAUGUGUCCAUCAUGACCCAAUUGUAAUGUGCUUGUGACUGGUCAUGAACUCUUAGAAGGCUGGUUGACCUGUAGGCUUCUACUGGUGGAGGCCCCGUGUUCCCAUAGCACCCGUGCUCACCCACCCCAAAUCCUCUUCUUAUCCGAAAUUGAAAGCCCGGAUUGGUGCCGAGUCGAUCCAUGGAUAGGAUGGUUCCCAGCUCGCGCGAAUCUCGCCUGGAUUGAGGAUCGUCAGCGCUGAAUCGAGAGGGAAUCCACAUCAUCACCGGACUUGGACGGAGCAUCAUGGUCAAGGCCAAGUGGCGACUGGCCUUGGCCGUUCUCUUUGGCACGGGGGCCAUCAUCCUGCUGUCCAAAGUCUCGCUACAGGGCUCGACCACGUUCACGAGGGAGGAAUACGGCCAUGCGGGCCAUGGGAUUCAGCUCCGGAACUUGAAACAGCCCUUCAAUUGGCAUGAGGACCAGGAAUGGGCCGAAGGCGGUGGAGGCGGUGGAGGAGGACCCCCGGGAACGGGCGGGCAGCAUAAUGAGACCACGCACGAGAUCUCCACAUGUCGAAACUCGGUCCAAGGCAAGAUGAUCAUUGCCGAUGACAAAGGUUUUGUUUGUCAUCGGAAUGAUGUUCUACAGAGUGGAUGCUGCCACGAAAACGCUACCUCAUCUCGCAGAUACUCAUGUGACGGUUGCAGUGAGAGCUCUGGCUGUUGCAAGGUUUAUGAGCAUUGUAUUUCUUGUUGUAUGGACCCGAAACGGAAACCCGUUCUAAUGAAUGUGUUGAACGAAGCUAAUGCUCUCAAGAAUAUUUUACUCUUGAGUGUUUCGGACCACUUCGAAUUGUGUUUAGCGAAAUGUCGGACAAGCUCGAGUUCGGUGCACCACGAGAAUGUUUACAUCAAUCCCAUGGACAAUUUCUGCUUCUCCAAGGGUCCAGCCGCUCAUUCCGAGGAGAAAAGCUAAUGUUUACACUCUCUGUAUUGGGAAAAGCGCAUGCAAAGCACGAAAAAAAUGAAGAAGCCCCGAAGAAUACUCCGUGUCAGGAAAGAAGCCUGCCUCCCAAAAGAAACUCUCAUUGUGAUAACGUUGAAUGCAUUUUAGGUUUAAGCAUAAUCAUGUCCCGUCACUCUGUCUCUCGUUUGACACUAGUGCUUCAAUAGAUUUCUAGUCAUGUUCACUCUUAAA